AGUGUGUGUGUUCUCUCUCAGGCGCUGCUCCGCGCUCCUCCGGCGACUGCAUCAUGUCCUCGCUCUCAGUCCCUCCAUCGGCUCGAGCGGAUCUGGCCUCGGAUCAGGUGCUGUUCGUCCAGCCCGACUCCAUCAUCAUCACCGACUACACCGAGGUGGAGCUGAGCAGCCAUGAGGAGGAGGUGAUGAAGAUGGAGGAGGUGGAGCUGAGCAGCCAUGAGGAGGAGGAGGAGGUGAUGAAGAUGGAGGAGGAGGUGGAGCUGCUGGAGGACGAGGCUCCAGCGAGUGAAGACCCUGCCGCUCCACACGAGGCCCGAGCCGAGACGCCUGCCGCCGGGCUGCAGGAGGACCGUCCCGUCCCGCCGAGCCCCGAGCACCACACGCACACACCUGACGCAGGACGUGACAUCAUAACACUGCAGGAAACCACGGCGCCCGUGUCAGACGUUACCCAGAAACCCCCGGUGCGGAGAGGGCGAGGAAGGCCGAGGAAAACUCCCGAGUCCACGGGCGUAAAAACCCCAGAACGCCCGGCGGCGGCCGGCCCGGAGCAGCGGAGUGCCCUCACGCCACAUGGAGACCGUAAAGACGCCUCUGACGCUCCAGAAGCUUCCAGCGGCCCGUCCCGCACACGGAGAACCAGCAGAGCCGAGCCGGCGGCCGCCGACAACCCUCGCGCUCGUCACGCGUGCUCCACCUGCGGGCGCAAGUUCACGCGGCGCUCCGACGUGCAGCGGCACCAGCUCACACACACCGGCGAGCGCCCGUUCCACUGCGCACAGUGCCAGAAGACCUUCCAGCAUGCCUGGGACUUGACCAAACACUGCCGCAAGAUCCACGGCGAGGCUAGCUUCACCUGCCGUGAGUGCCAGAGCGCCUUCGCUAACCUGCGCGAGCUAACUGCGCACCACAAGAGAAGCCACGCGGGCGAGCCGCCACACUACUGCUCCAUCUGCGGAGACGCUAGCGCUAAUCCUGCUGCGCUCGCUACGCACCGGCGGAGCCACAGCGCCACACACACCUACCGCUGCGAGCAGUGCGGCGAGGGCUUCGACACGCUGAUCCUGAGAUCCGCUCACCGGCAGAGCCACCGCAGACGCUGCCAGUUCAAGUGCCCGCAGUGCGAGAAAACCUUCACGCGGCGUAGCGACGUGAGGCGGCACCAGCUAACGCACACCGGCGAGCGCCCGCAUCAGUGUUCGCUCUGCGGGAAACGCUUUGGGCUUCGCUCCGGGCUCCAGAAACACAUGAGCACACACACCGGCGAGCGCCCGUUCGCCUGUCCGCACUGUAGCAAGAGCUUCACGCAGGUCUCGAUCCUGCGGCGUCACGAGCGCAUGCACACGGGCGAGAGACCUUACCUGUGCUCACACUGCGGCAAACGCUUUCUCUCGCUCGGCGAGCUCAUCAAACACGACAAGACGCACGCCGACGCACGCCCGCACUCCUGCCCGCAGUGUAGCAAAGCCUUCAAGUUCAAGCGUUCGCUUCAGGAGCAUCUGCUAGCGCACAGCGGCGCGCGCCCGUUCCCCUGCCGCUACUGCGGGAAGAUGUUCGCUAAGGCCUUCGCGCUGAACCGACACCACCUGAUCCACACGGGCGAGCGCCCCUACGCCUGCACACACUGCGAGCGCACGUUCCUCACCGGCGCCGAGCUAGCGCUGCACGAGCGCACACACACCGGCGAGAGGCCGUUCCCCUGCGCCGCGUGCCCGCGCCGGUUCCGUAGCUCGUCGGAGUUAGCACGACACCGGCGCACGCACUCCGACCAGCGGCCCUACGCCUGCGGAUACUGUCCCAAAGCCUUCGCUAGCGCCGCCAAACUCAAGAACCACACCAGGGUCCACACGCGCGAGAGCAAACCCAGACGCCCCGCCGCGAAGCUAGCCGAGGUCAACGUCAUUCUGACGUAGAUUCGCACUGGAGAUCCAACACUGAUCAUUAUGGAUGAAGGAUUUUAUACAACCAUGUUGCGUUAGUCUUCAGAUCAAACACAGACACAAGCUCUCAUCGUUUGCUCUUCCUCGUGUCGUUCAAACCCAGGAGAC